CAUGCAUCAGGUGUGCACUAACGCAGUCUCGUGCUGUUCUCAUGUCCUGUGUUCAUACGAAAGAUAGAGCGAUAGGUGUAUUUGUCAUUUCGAUUAGAAAUAAUUGGCUUCGAGGCUGCAGGAUCCUCGAACUUUUUCACUUGUCUGCGACUUUUUCAAACUAUGAUAGGAGGUCGCGCCAGCUUGAGGGGUACAGGUAGAUCGCCUUUCUAUCGCGGUGGACAAAGCGGUCGUGGAAGAGGCCGAGGAUGGGGAAGGGGUCGUGGAGUGCGGUAUUUAAAUAGAGGAAGUUCUAGUCAGCGCGACGGAGGUGGAAACGACGACAUUGAAGAAAUUGGCAUUCCUACCGACUCGAGCAUUUCUGUGGCUGUUGAAGGAUGCUGCCAUGGUGAGCUAGACACAAUUUACGAGCGAUUGCAGCAGCACGAAGCAAAGAGUGGCCGAAAGGUGGACCUUUUGAUAUCCUGUGGGGAUUUCCAGUCACUACGGAAUUUAGCCGAUUUUCACAGUUUGGCCGUUCCCCCCAAAUACCGGGCUCUUGGUUCCUUCUACAAAUACUAUUCGGGCGAGAAAACGGCACCAAUCUUGACCAUUUUUGUUGGUGGUAACCACGAGGCGUCACAAGCCUUACAGGAGCUUCCGUAUGGAGGAUGGGUUGCUCCCAACAUAUACUAUUUGGCUACUUCUAUUGUAAGAUAUCAGGGAAUUCGCAUUGGUGGAAUCAGUGGUAUCCACAAAGCCCACGACUUUGCUGUUGGCAGAUUCGAACGUCCACCAUACGAUCGCUCUUCUCUUCGAAGUGUAUAUCAUGUAAGGAACGUCGACAUUUACCGUAUGAAAUGCAUAUCCGAUUUGGAUCCGAUCGAUAUCAUUGUGAGUCACGACUGGCCGCAAGGGAUCGAGCAAUACGGUGACACCAAUAGUCUCCUUCGACGAAAGCCUUUCUUCCGUGAGGAAAUCGCGCAAAAUUGUCUCGGGAGUCCCGGAAAUAUUGAGAUCUUGCGUGCGUUGAAACCAAAAUGGUGGUUUGCCGCCCAUCUACACACUCGCUUUCUAGGCUCUGAAUCAGUCGACCGUUGUAAUACAAACGAUUUGACGGACCAAAUGACUCGCUUUCUGUCUUUGGACAAGUGCUUACCAAGGCGGCAUUAUAUGUCUAUUUUGCACUUACCAGUAAAGGAGUGCAAAGACAAUGCAAAGCUUGAGUACGAUUUGGAAUGGCUUGCUGUUGUUCGAAAAACACACAGUUUG